AUGACUGAUGUGGCAGAGGGACACCAAUCCUAUGCGAAUGCGUUCAUCUCAGAGGGCGAUAGAACGAGCGCAGUGCGAUAUCUUGACCUUUUCCUUCGGCUUUAUGAGGAAUACUGUGACGUUGCUGAAGUAGAGGCGAACUCCCGCGUAUUGCAAGCCGCCACGGUUAUGCAGAGCAACUCCCAUGCACCGGACUUGUUAUCAUACGUUGUCUCUGCUGCAGCACUUGGAAUAGGUGGCACACGUGCACUCGCACCUGCCCUUGCUUCUCUCCCACUUAAGGUUCUUAAUCUUAGUGAAUGUUACCUUGGUGACGCAGGGUUGCGUGUGCUUGCGGAGACACUGAGUGCAAGUUCCCACUCCACUGGUGGUCUACGCGUGCUUGAACUCCGCGGAAUCAGUGCCAGUGACGGGUCUUCGGUUGCGUUGCUGGUAACGGCGCUGCGUUCUCUUCAGUUACUUGAUGUAUCAAGCAACCGCUUUGGUACUCGCCCCCCAGGGUUUGCACUUCUGUGCGCUGCUAUGGGAUAUCACCCGGCUCUUCGGGAGGUUCACAUCGCUGACAACAUGGUAAGUGGCUGUUGUGAGUCGUGUGUGGGCGCCAUAGCGGAAUGGCUCGUGAAGGCAAGUCGGGCUUGCAUGCUUCAGCACGUUGAUUUGCGUUUCAAUACCCUAGGGUUAUACCGGAGAGGACUUUACAAUACUGUGGUUGAUGGAAAAGAAGUGCAGUGUACGCUUUACGGUUUUUACCCGCUUGUGGACGCACUGUUACUCAACAACUCUAUAGAAGUACUUGAGGUAGGCAACAAUGGUUUUCCUCCCGGCGUAUUGGAUGCUAUAGAAGCGAAACUCGCUGUUAACAAGCGGACAAAGAAGGCUCUACAGGAGUACUACACCAAUCAUAUAGAUAGAUGA